AUGGGCAUGGCAAAUCAAGAUGCAAUUAAGCAGUUGCAGUCUUUGAUGGACAAUGUUGAUGAGCAGAAGAAGAUCACAUUCAAGAAUAUGCACCAGGGAUAUCCUACUGAAACAUUAGGGAGGUUUCUCAAAGCUCGGGACGGGAAUGUCGCCAAAGCUCAUAAAAUGUUAAUUGAUUGUUUACAUUGGAGAGUGGAAAAUGAGAUUGACAAAGUUUUAGCGAAGCCAAUCCCAACGGAUUUGUACAAAGCUGUACGAGAUUCUCAGCUCAUAGGAAUGUCUGGCUACACAAAAGAGGGCCUACCCGUCAUCGCUGUUGGCGUUGGGCUCAGUACGUAUGACAAAGCAUCUGACAAAUACUAUAUACAGUCACACAUCCAAGUGAACGAAUAUAGGGAUCGGGUGAUCUUGCCAAAUGCUACAAAGAAGCAUGGAAGAUAUAGUGGCACCUGCGUGAAAGUCUUGGAUAUGACUGGUUUGAGAUUUUCAGCACUCAACCAAUUAAGGCUAUUGACAGCUAUAUCUACAAUAGACGACUUGAACUACCCGGAAAAGACCGACACAUACUAUAUCGUUAAUGCACCAUAUGUAUUCUCCGCAUGUUGGAAGGUUGUAAAGCCGCUUUUGCAAGAAAGAACAAGGAAGAAAAUCCAGGUGCUGCAAGGCUGUGGCAAGGACGAAUUACUCAAGGUAAUGGACUACGGAUCUCUCCCACACUUUUGCAAAAAGCAAGAUUCCAAGUCAUCGAGACAUAAUGCAGUUGCAGCGAUUACCGAAAACUGUUUCUCCUUCAAUCACGCAUUCCAUCAACAACUCUAUAACCACAUAAAGCAGCAAGCUAACUCUGCAGAAUCAACACCGCUGAUGAGACAAGGAUCUUUCUAUGUAGACAUACCAGAGCCAGACCCGGAUGAUGCCAAAAUAGCCAAAACCAUUGAAGUUGAGUUUCACAAAUUGGAAAAUCAGAACAACGGAACCGUUGAAGUUGAGUUUCACAAACUGGAAAUUCAGAAGAAAGGCUUUACCAACUCGCGAACCGGUCUUGCUGUUAAUGGAAGACAUUGA